CCCGCCGCGCCCCCUGGGGGCCGUUAAAAGGAUUUUCAGCGCGGCCGCCAUUUUAUUUCCUUUCUCUCUUUGAAAUAGGCCUGAAACAAACCCACUGAGAUGAACCAUGCGAGAGCAAGUCUGAGAGGCAGCUGGCUGUUCCUGAGCACUGCCGGCCUAAGCUGGGUCUCCAGUCUAUCACAGAAGGACCACAGCGGGUCAUCUGGUCCAACCUCCCUGCUCAAGCAGGGCCAUCCCAGAGGGCAUGGCACAGGAUUGUGAUAAGAUGGUUGAGAUGGAAUACUCCAGCGAGGGACACUCCACAGCCUUUCUGGGCGGAGGGAGGACACAUGGAGACUGUGGCCCUGUGUGCCUGAACAAUGAUCCAGGUCCAUUUCUAUGCCUUCUACUGCAGGAGGAGACACUUUCCUUGUUCCCCAUCGUGUGAUCCCAGGCACUCAUACACUCUCUGGCAUGGCCUGACCCAGGAGGUGCAAGCAAUCACUCCAGAGACCAGUUUUCUUUUUCUGGAAGAACACAGCAGGCUGACUGUAUUUUCUGAGGAUCAGACUUCUCUGCUUUCCUGCCAAUGCCUAGAGCUGAAAGUGGAACUGAUGUUUUGAAACCUCUUUAAAACCAUUUUCCCUCAUUCCUUUAGUUUUAUAAAUAGAGAUUUUUGGCUUUAAUAAUUUGAUGACUCCUUUCCAGUGAAAACUCCUGAAAAUGAAAGGCCCUAUAGAAUUCAACAUGUUUUGGCAAGAAUUACUCAUUUUGUAUAAAAAACUUGCUUUCAUCUUCUAGAUGGUUUUACCAUUUAAGGGCUGUGCUCCUCCGAUGGUGCUCUGGCAUUUCUACAGCUAUAUAUGGAGUCUCUUUGGUGCUUGCUUGUGUUAUCCUCAGAGCUGGGUAGAGGUCAGGCCAGGAAGCCUUUGAUUGUAAAUCUCCCCAGGCCACCUUGGUGCCCUUCCUGAACGCAGUGAAUGGGGAGCAAAGCAGGGGUUCUGUUGUGCAGGCUGCAGGAGCUGACUGCCACAGGUAUGGCAGAAGCACAAUUGUUCCCCAUUGACAAGUGAUUUAUGGAGAGACGUGGAGUUUUGUGCUUUGAAUAACUGAGUGACAAACUAAACAAGGAAACUGCCUUCCACUGAAGCAAAAGCCAUGAAGGCCAGUGGCUGUAAAAAGGGAAGGUUUGGAGGGAGAAGACAGCAUUUUUCAUCUGGAGAAAAAGAAUUCUUCUGAAAAGACACGCCUCAUCUGAGAAAACCAGGAGUUUCCAGCAGAACUGUGCAGUGUGAGAUCCCUCCAGAAUCCUCAGUGGAAAAAAAUUAUCCUGGUGUUAUUUGAGACAUCAGCAUGCCUUUUCUGUGCCUGAAAAAAAAGAAGUCACCUGUGCCUUUAGGCAGGAGUAUCUUUCAAAAACACACCCCUCCCAUCCAGCAGAACUACCAGGCUUUACUGGAGUCGUGCUUGAAGAACAAACGCUUGUUCACAGAUGACACCUUCCCUGCUCACAUCAGCUCUAUUGGAACAGGAGCACUGCUAAAGAAACUGCCCCGAAAUUUACAGUGGAAGAGGCCACAUGCUUUGCACAAAAGUCCUGUAUUUUAUGCUGCAAACAGAAAGCAGCUUGAUCUCUGCCAAGGAUUGGUAGAGAACUGCUGGUUCCUGGCGGCCCUGGAAGCCCUGACAUUCCACCAGGACAUCUUGGCUGCGGUUGUACCACAAAACCAGAGCUUUGAGAGGAAAUAUGCGGGCAUUUUCCACUUCCGGUUCUGGCACUUUGGGGAAUGGAUUGACGUGGUGGUUGAUGAUCGCCUGCCGGUGAAUGAGGUGGGGGAGCUGCUCUUUGUUUCCUCGGUCUAUAAGAAUGUGUUUUGGGGAGCCCUUCUGGAGAAGGCAUAUGCUAAACUCUAUGGCUCCUAUGAAGAUCUGCAGAUUGGGCAAGUUUCAGAAGCCUUGGUGGAUUUUACAGGGGGUGUCAAUACAAGGAUCAAGCUUGCAGAAGCUCCUCCUGAUCUGUGGGCUAUCCUGACAAGAGCCACCUACAGCAGAUCUCUCAUGGGCUGUCAGACACACUUAGGGACAACAAAGGUCCUGAAGAAUGGGCUUGUUGCUGGCCAUGCCUACACAGUAACUGGUAUUAGAAAGGUGACCUGUCAAUAUGGACCAGAAAACCUAGUGAGACUGAGAAAUCCAUGGGGAAAAAUUGAGUGGAAAGGAGACUGGAGUGACAGCUCUUACAAGUGGGAACUGCUGAGCCCAAAGGAGAAGAUUUUGCUGAGGAAAAAUAAGGAGGAUGGAGAAUUCUGGAUGUCUCUGCGAGAUUUUAAGAUUCAUUUUGUAGAUCUGGUGAUCUGUAAAUUAACUCCGGACCUGAUGAGCCGGGAGGAUGGGAAAAAGUGGAUGUACUCGUGGAAGAGUGGGAGAUGGGUUAAAGGAAGUACAGCAGGAGGAAGUCUGGGAUUCUGUAAUGGCAACUUUUGGAUGAACCCUCAGUACUGGCUGAAUGUGUUGCCAGUUGAAGACAGUAAGAAGAGCCCAAGUGCGUGCAAUGUGGUUAUAUCCCUCAUGCAGAAACACAGCACCAAACACCGGAACGGAGCCCCUCAUCUUUUCAUUGGAUUUUUACUCUAUAAGGUGGGCCUACAGUACCAGGAGAGCAACAGAAAGCUGCCCCCAGGUUUCUUCACCCGACAUCAGCCUGUGAACAAGCACCAGGUUUUCCUUGAUGAGCGGGAAGUGACUUGUGACUUCCAUCUGGAGCCUUGUGUCUAUGUGAUUGUCCCAUGCACCCUGGAGCCUCAGCAGGAGUCUGAGUUCAUCCUGCGGGUCUUCUCCAGGAAGCACAUUCUUCGGGAAAUGGGUGGGAACACAAGCUUCACCCUCUCUAAGGAAAUUGUUGAUAAGUAUGAAGGCAAGAUUUGGGAGGAUUUCUUCACAAAGCAUUUUGAACAGAAUCCUGAAAUAAAUGCUGUUCAGCUCCAGAGGAUCUUGAAUAAUAUAUCUUGGAGAAAUUCACAGAGUUUUUGCCUGAAUUUCAGUCUGAAUUCCUGCCAGGCUAUCUUGGCACUCCUGGAUCUGAAUGCCACUGGCACACUGAGUAUCCAGGAAUUCAGAGUCCUGUGGAAAAGACUGCUUUUCUAUUUGGAAGUUUUUCAGAAGAGAGACACCAACAGAUCAGGAAAGCUUGACCUUGUGGAACUGCAAGCAGCUGUACAGGAGACAGGCAUUUCACUCAGCAAUGAAGUCUGUAAUUUGAUGGCAAUCAGAUAUGGUGACCCUGGCCUACAGAUCAGUUUUGAGAGCUUUGUUUGCUUCAUGCUUCGAGUGGAGAUCAUGGGAGAGGCCUUUCGUAACUUAACACAGGAUGGCAAAGGGAUAUAUCUCCGGGAAUCUGAGUGGAUGAUGAUGACACUUUAUUCAUGAAGCAAUGCUGUAGAGGAGGAGAUAACCAGACCUGUACCAGGAUGAGGAAGGCUGCCUUGUUUCAACUUUUAACUUCAUAUGGAAAGUCUUUCCCUCGAGCAGACUUAAUCUGGUAACCACAGACUUGGUGAAGUUGAGUCUUAUUUCACUUCAAACAACCCUACUGAGGAGACACCAUUGGAUGCCAACUACCAUGAGUGCAAAGUGUGACACCCUGGAGCAUGGUGGCUGAGUUUUUGAGGUCAUCUACAUCAUGCUGAUUUAAUGCUGCUGUUAUUGUGGCAGUGCCCAGAGGCUGUGCUUGGUGAAGGGGCUCUUGAGUAGCUUGUCACCUGAUAGAGGGAUCCCAGUUCUGUAGCUGCUAGGCCUAUGGUAGAGAACUGGAAUCUGUGUGCUUCUGGGAGAGAAGGGGUGGAGACUCAGAGUGAAUGAACACUCUUCCCUCGCCCUGACUUGGAAAGGUGAAUUGCAAGCAUUCAAACCAUCUCUUUUGCUUUUAAAGUCAACAUUGAAGUGGCCCUAAUUUCAUUUCACCAAGUGAUGAGUUGAGCCUCCAGCUGUUUGUUGUAUGAUGAUUGUGUAUUCAUUUCAGAAAGGCAGUGGGUUUUCUCUGCAGAUUGAAAAGUACAAUACAGUGAAAAGUAAACUGAUCCCAUAUUGUUUUUAAGUCACCAGAGACUGGCAGGGAAUGAAUGUUCUCAGUAGGGUGAUACAGGAACUUUCUGAUAAAACAUUUUGGUAUUUAUUUUAUAUAGGAUGAGUGUGUGUGUGUAUACUUCCAAAGGAGGUAGGUAAAUAUAGGUUGUAGCUAAUUCAACAGUACAACCCAGGUGUGGGGCUGUGAACAGAGAACAUGGUAUAAGUGGGACUAUUCAUGUCAAAAUCCAUGAGAGAGUUACUUGAUGCAUUAUCUGUAGGCUCCUUUUGCGCUUUCUUACAAUUCAGUUAUUUUGGGCUGGAAAUUUCCAUGCUAAGUUGCUAAGUGCCUGUUACAGGUUGAAUUUUUUUUUUUUUUUUUUUUUC